CAAAAACCAAACAAAAAAUAAUAAAAUAAAAAAAAAAGGUGCUUUUUAAUUCUUCAUUACAUUAUUCUAUGGAGCAAAAAAAGUAUACUCGUCUACCGGAUAAUUCAAUAAAUUCUAUAAAAAACUUUCCUCCAUCCGAAAGUACUGUUGGAAGUUCUGACGAGAAAGCGAACUAUGGCACCCAAGAUACCUACGGCGAAUUUGAAGCAAAUCAAGUUUCUAUAAAAGAUGCCAAAAUUGAAUAUGAAGAACUUCGCCGGGAUCUCAGCCGUCAGAGUCAACGUCAUUCCCAGUCAAUGGCCGAACAAGGUCAGGCUAAUACUGAAGAUUUCAAUCUUGAUCAAUUCCUACAUGGCAUUUCAAGACAGCAAGAUGCUAGUGGUCAUAAACGUAAACACAUUGGCGUUUCUUGGAGAAACUUGCGCAUAGAGGGUUUAGGAGCUGAUGCUUAUACUAUCCCGACUGUUAUUAGUAACGUUGUAUCUAUUUUAAAGUUUUGGAAGUACUUCAACAAGAAAAGUGCCAACCCAAAAAUUAUUAUCGAUAAUAUUACAGGUUGUUGUCGAGAUGGAGAAAUGCUUUUAACUCUGGGUCGACCUGGUGCCGGUUGUACAUCUUUUCUUAAAGUCAUAGCCAACAUGCGAGAUUCUUAUACACAUAUUGGUGGCAGCGUAACCUAUGGGGGUAUUGAUCAUCAAACAUUUGCUCAAAGAUACAGAGGCCAAGUGUGUUACAACGAAGAAGAUGAUCAACAUUAUCCUACUCUCACCACAAAGCAAACACUUCAAUUUGCUCUUCGUACCAAAGCACCCGGAAAGCGUACAGGCAACGAGACCAAGGACGAUUUUGUUGACCGCAUUUUGUAUAUGCUCGGUAACAUGCUGGGUUUAACCAAACAAAUGGAUACCCUUGUCGGCAACGCCUUUGUUCGGGGUCUCUCCGGUGGUGAACGUAAACGUCUUUCGAUUGCCGAACAAAUGGCAACUAACAGUGCUGUAAAUUGUUGGGAUUGUUCUACACGUGGCCUGGAUGCUGCUUCAGCUUUAGAUUAUGUUCGCUCAUUAAGAAUUAUGACGGAUAUUUUUGAUAUUACAACUAUUGUCACACUUUAUCAAGCAUCCAACAGUAUAUUUAAUUUAUUCGACAAAGUGCUUCUUUUAGACGAAGGCUAUUGUAUCUAUUUUGGACCUGCCAAGGAUGCCAAAUCAUAUUUCGAAAAUCUUGGAUUUUAUUGUCCUCCUCGUAAAUCAACACCCGAUUUCUUAACUGGACUUUGUAACCCCAUCGAACGUGAAUAUAGACCUGGAUACGAAAACCGUGUUCCCAAACACGCCUCCGAGUUUCAACAACGGUAUCAAGAAUCCGAAAUUUGUACACAAAUGCAUCAAGAUCUCGCCGAUUUCGAGCACACAAUUCAGCAAGAAAACAAGGCCGACCAAUUCAAAGAUGCUGUGCAUGAGGAGCAUCAAAAGCGAGCUAAUAAAAAUACCCCAUAUAUCGCUUCCUUCUAUCAACAAGUCAAAGCCCUUACGAUACGUGAACAUCAACUUUUGAUCAAGGAUCGAGAAGCUCUUAUUUCUCGUUAUGGUACCAUGUUCAUCCAAGGAUUAAUUACUUCCUCUUGUUUUUUCUCUCUACCACUGAACGGGAGUGGUGCUUUCUCACGUGGUGGAGCUCUCUUUUUUUCUGCCAUCUUUAAUACGUUUAUCUCUCAGUCUGAACUUGUACGGUUCUUGAUGGGCCGUCCUAUUCUUGCAAAACAUAAGCAAUAUGCUUUAUACCGUCCUUCCGCUUACUAUGUUGCUCAAGUACUAAUGGAUGUACCUUAUUGUCUUGCUCAAGUCAUGGUGUACCAACUUUGCUCUUAUUUUAUGAUGGGUCUUAACCUAACCGCCGGUCGAUUUUUUACUUCCUACUUUAUUCUUUUUAUGCUGACCAUGUGUAUGAACGGAUUCUUCCGAUUUUUUGGCUCCAUCUCUCCAACAUUUUUUAUUGCCACCCAAAUUACGGGUGUUAUGAUGAUUGCAACUACAACUUAUACGGGCUAUACCAUUCCAUUUCAAAAGAUGCAUCCUUGGUUAUCAUGGAUUUAUUUCGCAAACCCAAUGACGUAUGCAUACAAGGCUUUAAUUUCAAACGAAAUGGAAGGUCAAGUGUACUCUUGUGAGGGUCUCGGUAAUGCCGUGCCUUUUGGUCCCGACUAUCAAGACUGGAAUUACAAGGUGUGUACUAUGGCGGGUGGUACCCCUGGUGAACCCUUUGUUCGAGGCGACUCUUAUCUUUCCACCGCAUUUUCUUAUAACGCAAAAGAUUUGUGGGCACCCGAUAUCAUUGUGGUCAUUGCCUUUUUUAUUUUAUAUACCGUCUUGACUGCCAUGUCCAUGGAAUGGUUAAAGUCCUCGGGUUUUGCUUCCUUGACCAAACUUUAUCUACCAGGAAAAGCACCCAAAGCCCGUACACCACAAGAAGAAGAAGAUCGUCGUCGUAACCAAGAUGAAAUUACUAAUAAUAUGGAAAGCAUGUCUACUGGAACCACUUUUUCUUGGCAGCAUGUGAAGUAUACUGUACCCAUUAAAGGUGGACAUCUUCAACUUUUGAAUGAUAUCAAUGGUAUUGUAAAGCCGGGUCAUCUGACUGCUUUAAUGGGUUCUUCUGGAGCAGGCAAAACCACACUUUUGGAUGUUCUUGCCCGUCGAAAGACACUUGGUACUGUCGAAGGUGAUGUCUUUCUUAAUGGAGAAGCCUUGAUGACUGACUUUGAACGUAUUACUGGUUACUGUGAACAAAUGGAUGUGCAUCAGCCUGCUGUUACAGUUCGAGAAGCACUUCGAUUCUCUGCUCAGUUACGCCAACCUUCUGAAGUUCCUUUACAAGAAAAAAAUGACUACGUUGAACAAAUUAUCCAGCUCUUGGAAAUGGAUGAUAUCGGUGAUGCUCAAAUUGGCGAGGUCGGAGCAGGCUAUGGUAUCUCUAUUGAAGAGCGUAAAAGGCUAACGAUUGCUAUGGAAUUAGUGGGUAAACCCCAGCUCCUGUUCUUGGAUGAACCUACAUCUGGUCUUGAUGCACAAAGCUCUUUCAAUAUUAUUCGCUUUAUUCGUAAAUUGGCUGAUGCGGGUUGGCCUGUACUCUGUACCAUUCAUCAACCUUCGGCUAUUUUAUUUCAGCAUUUCGAUCAUCUCCUGCUGCUUGUACGUGGUGGUAGAACUGCGUAUUAUGGUGAAAUCGGUCAAGAUUCUCGUACCAUGAUUGAUUAUUUCGAAUCCAAUGGAGGGCCUAAAUGUUCUCCCGAUGCCAAUCCUGCGGAAUAUAUUCUUGAAGUUGUAGGUGCUGGUACUGCGGGUAAAGCUAACAAAGACUGGGCCGAAGUUUGGAAAGGAUCAACCGAAUCAAAAAUGCUCGAUGCCGAAUUGGAAAAGAUUAAUCAUGAUGCAAAUAAGCACCCUACACGUAUUGCCAAAACCUACAGCACUUCCAUGACCACACAAUUUCGACUUGUCUUUGGUCGUAUGUCUCUUGCAUACUGGCGGUCGGUGGAUUACAACAUUGGAAGAUUUCUCAACCUGAUGUUUACUUCCUUGAUUACGGGUUUUACGUUUUGGAAAUUGGGACAUUCUUCUUCUGAUAUGAUGAACAAAAUCUUUGCAUUGUUUGGUACUUUUAUUAUGGCUUUUACUAUGAUUAUUAUGGCGCAACCCAAGUUUAUGACCGAACGUAUCUACUUUAGACGUGAGUAUGCUUCCAGUUAUUAUGGUUGGAUUCCUUGGGGUAUCUCUGUUAUCUUGGUGGAGAUUCCUUACAUCUUUGUGUUUGCUGCCACUUACAUGGUUGGAUUCUAUUGGACCGCAGGUAUGGAAAAUACAGCAGCUGCCUGCGGCUAUUUUUACAUUAUCUUUGUCAUGCUUGUCUGUUGGGCCAUUACCUUUGGUUUCUUGAUCGCGGCUGUAGCAGAACAGCCUACCAUGGCCGCCUUGGUGAACCCGUUAAUCAUGUCUAUCCUGAUCUUGUUUUGUGGUCUGAUGCAAUCUGCUAAGGCUAUGCCAAAAUUCUGGAGCUCUUGGAUGUAUGUGAUUGAUCCAUUCCGAUACUACGUGGAAGGCUUAACCGUGAAUGAACUAGAGCAUCUGAAAGUGGAGUGCUCCGACUCUGAUCUCUUGAGAUUUACACCACCACCCGGAAAGACUUGUGGAGAGUAUACACAAAAGUUCUUUCAAUUAGGUGCUACAGGCUAUAUCAGUAACCCAGGUGCUAUCUCACCAGAGCAAUGCGGAUACUGCGCUUAUAGUACCGGAUCCGAAUUUUAUGAGACACAAUUAGGUUGGAGUGUUGACAACAAGUGGCGAAAUUUAGGUAUCCUCUUUGCGUUCUUUGUUUUUAAUAUAUUUCUUUUCCUUGGUCUUGUCUACUGGAAGAGAAAAGGAAGACGUUAAAGUUUAUGAUGACAAC